UCGUUACGAUACGUCAUCCCAAAUAAAUCGACGUAUCUCAGUCAGAUUCAGUUAGCAAUUGUAUGUGGUAAUAACAAUCAGUUUCAGUGAUACCAUUUCUGUAUUUGCAUUCUUUAAGAAGUGCACUUAAUAAAAUGGAAAACAAAUACAACAUGAAAAGUCCUGCUGUGAAAAGGCUGAUGAGAGAAGCUCAAGAGCUAUCACAGCCAACUGCUGAAUAUUUUGCCCAGCCUGUAGAAGACAAUUUGUUUGAAUGGCAUUUCUCUGUAAGAGGUCCGGCCGACUCUGAUUUUGAAGGUGGAGUGUAUCAUGGAAGGAUAUCCCUCCCUCCUGAAUACCCUUUGAAACCGCCAAGCAUAAUGCUUCUGACACCUAAUGGAAGAUUUGAAGUCAAUCGCAAAAUAUGUCUUAGUAUAUCUGGUCACCAUCCUGAAUCUUGGCUUCCUUCUUGGUCCAUAAGGACAGCAUUACUAGCUAUUAUUGGAUUCAUGCCAUCUCCUGGUAUGGGAGCCAUCGCAUCUCUGGACUACACACAAGAAGAAAGACAAAGGCUGGCUAAAAAAUCGCUAGAAUUUGUUUGCCCAGAAUGUGGGAAAAUUUUGAAUCUUCUCCAAGAGCCCAGUCAGCUGACGACAAACGAAAACGAAGCCGUUCAAGCAGAAGCCCGAGAGAUCGCAGCUCAGGUUACAAUGAAGGGUGAAUCGAACAACGAAAACCCGACUGAAGAACCUGCAUCAAACACUGAAGAGCCGAUUGGUGUCAUCCAGCCGCCCCCACCACCAUCCCAGCAAGUACAAACAGCGAGCACCAAUAUUAAUAAUGAUCUUACCUAUAACUACAUAAUCGCGGCCAUCAUCGUGGCUUUGGCAAUCCUUUUGUUCCGUCGAUUUGCUUCGGGUACGAGUGCUGCCUGAGGCUGGAGUCACAAUCUAUAAAUAUUAAAUAUUUUAUUGAUUUCCAAAAAUUCAUGACUUGUAGAGUUAAAAUGUUGAGAGGAUCUUGUUCCUGGAGAAUGCAUAUAACGGGACUGCUAAAUUCAACUUAAUGCUGUAACAAUGUGGCAAUGAAAAUUGUGUAUGAUUUGUGUAUUCAUUUAUUGCAGAUAAAUAAUUAUGAUUAAUUUCAGGUGA